UUUCAGUUUCAAGCUUUUCUGCUUACACUUAUCAUUACCGAGCUGAGUACACUUGACCGCGAAGCAUGUCUUCAAGGCGCAUCUUUUCCGCGGCCUUCCUCGUGCUGUGUUUAACUGCAGGUCUGGUUUCCAUUGUGUCAUCGUCAUGUCCGCAAGAGGAAAAGUUAUCGCCGAAAAAGUUGAAAAUGGACACCGCUUUUGUGAAUAUCUCUUCCACUCUAGAAGAGCCUGUUACAAUAUUAGGGAUAUCUUCAAAUUGUUAUAAGUGCCCGAUACAAGAAAUUAUUACCGAGCUUCUCAGUAGUGCUCCCAUUGUCGUAAGCACGCAUUACAGUUUUACCCUCUCUGUAAAAAUGAAAAAUGGAUCUCAAGAGUUAUGCAGACUUAAUUACCUUUUUGGCGGGAGAGGUUGGUACAAAUAUAAUAUCCAUCAGUCUGAUGACCAAUCAUCAAACAAAGUCACGUGUAAACUUGAGAUCAAGAGGUCACCUGAUUACCCAUAUAUGCCUUUGUGGAUAGCCCUCGGAGCGCUAUUUUGCUUGGCUGUUAUAUGGGCUCUACUCACCUGCAUUGGAAGGAAGUGCAAAGUCGCCUGCAAGAAAGAUGAUUCGAACAUUAUGAAUCAGGGUGAGAGCGAUGACAGAGAGGACACGGAAAUGCGAGUCACUGGAGAAGGAGAAGAACAAAUGCAACCAGAGACUCAACUGAAAGCCAAGCCGAGAAGGUUAAAGUCUUUGGAUACUUUUCGAGGAAUUGCUAUAACACUGAUGAUAUUUGUGAACUAUGGUGGGGGUGGAUAUUACUUUUUCGGGCACGCCGUGUGGAAUGGAUUGCUGGUCGCUGAUCUUGUCUUUCCAUGGUUUAUCUGGAUCAUGGGUGUCUCAAUUACUUUAUCUUUUCGCUCCUUGAGACGUAAAAAAACCAGAAAGCUUAGAAUCGCAUGGAAAAUCCUGAAACGAAGCGUCAUCUUGUUCGGACUGGGUCUGUUUACCAGCAAUUAUGGUAAUCUGAAAUACUACAGAAUCCCAGGAGUUCUUCAAAGGUUUGGAGUUUGUUACUUCUUCGUAGCCAUGAUGCAGUUGCUGCUGUCUCCGAUGGAAAAGGGCGAAAAAAAGAAGAGGUGGUGGGAAGUGUUCCGAGAUGCGUUCGGUUUAUGGAAACAGUGGAUCUUUGUAUUGAUGUUACUCGCUGGCUAUCUUACCCUUACCUAUGGAGUAAAUGUGCCCGGCUGUCCCAAGGGUUACACAGGUCCGGGCGGCAUUGGGCAAGGAUACCCAGAUGCUUUCAAGUGCACUGGAGGAAUGGCGGGGUACAUUGACAGAAUUGCCUUAGGCAACCAUCUUUACAGAUUUCCUACCACCAAGGAUGUUUACAAAACUACCCUACCAUAUGACCCGGAAGGUAUACUUGGAUGCCUAACUUCUAUUGUUUUGGUUUUCUUUGGCGUUCAGGCUGGUCACAUACUCACCAUUCAUCGCAAACAUAAACCACGACUCAUCAGAUGGAUAAUCUGGGCAGUUCUAAUGACUGCAUUCACGUUGGGCCUGUGUGGAGCCACAAAAAAUGAAGGCAUCGUUCCAAUCAACAAAAAUUUAUGGUCAGUGUCGUUCAUCCUAGCCACGGGAGCGAGUGCAUUCUUUCUGUUUGCUAUUUGUUAUCUUCUGACUGACGUCCUGGAUUGGUGGAAUGGUGCACCCUUCUUUUACCCAGGUAUGAACUCCAUUCUUGUUUACGUUGGUCAUGGUAUUCUGUGGAGACACUUUCCCUUCAGCUGGGAGAUGGACGAGUAUGGCGGCCACGCGGAGAAACUAGGCAUGAGCUUAGCUGGCACUGCCUUGUGGGUUCUCAUAGCGUAUUGCCUAUAUACUAGAAAUGUUUUCCUGAAGAUUUAAAAGAUCACACUUUGGAAAGGUUUUAAGGCAUCAUUACUACUGACAAGGACAUCUAAGAGAACUUGAACAUCAGGACUUUGCUCGGACUCGGUGCACUCUCGGUUACUGAGAGUAACCUAUAACACAAUGAAGAUUGCCAUGUCAGUCAGUCCAGUCUUGAAAAGAGCAUUUCUUUGCUUUGCUAGAAACUAACGUAUGCAGAAGGGCGGAGAUGUUUAUUUACGCACUCUGUUAAGUGCAAUGAGAUAAGGACUUACAAGUUACUAUUAGAUGUCGACGUUCCAAAGCUAUUUCCUAGCUUUACGCUUACAAAAGUGUUCAUAAUUUCUUUAGGUUUUGCGCUCAAGUCGUUGGGCCGGCUAUGUGGGUGGGAGGGGAGGGGAGGGGCGAGUAAAUGUCAAAGCUAACCUCGGCUCUUGUUAAAAUAUAACCUGAUUUUGCGUGCCAUCGAAUCGAACAGAUGACUCAGACUGUGCAAAAGCGCAAAGAUAAAAGCACAGGUCUAGGCAUUUUUGAAGCAUAUGCUAGGUCUACGUCGUAGCUUUAAGCUCUUAGACGAUCUUAGAUCAUUCCAACGCCCUUGUGUAAUACUCGUACGAAAGAUUGAGAUUAGCGAAAUUGGUAUAAAGUCCGGCUAUAGCUUUAAUGAUGAAGGUGAAGGAGUUCAAUAAUAUGAAAGAAAGAGGUUGAUGUA